AAGCGUUUUUGUUUUCAGGUAAUGUUGUUGAAGUAACUGGUGGUGAAGACACAUAUACAAGUACUGAAAUAGAGGGAGGAAAAUCGAGAAUCUAUCUAUAAUGUGGAACCAACUUCAAAACAUGUUCUCUAACGAAGAAAACUCACGUCUUGAUAAUUUAGAUGAAACAUUUACUAGCUUUUGCAGAACUCCAUUACACAUAGCAGCUAUGUCUGGUGAUGUCAACAUUGCAUCAAAAAUCCUUUCUAUGGUACCUGAGGGUCUUGAUCUUUCAUUGAAACAAGACUCGAAUGGAUUUACUCCACUCCACCUUGCUUCUGUGAGAACAAGUAUUCCGAUGGUGAGAUUGUUGAUGGAGGCGAAACCUGAUGCUUGUAUAGUUCAAGAUGGAGAUGGAAGAACACCUCUACAUCUAGCAGCUAUGAAGAAUCAAGUGGAGAUCAUGAAGUUACUAAUGGAAGGACUACCCGCAGCAAUUCACCUAAGGAAUCAUCAAAAUGGGGAGACCAUACUUCACUUUUGUGUAAAAAACAACACUAAUCUGAAGACUCUUAAGCUAUUGGUAAAGAAGUUGGUGCAUGCGCCACUUCCAGAGCAAAAUCCAAAUCCUAUAUCUAUCAACUCCACGAACAACGAUGACAACACAAUCUUGCAUCUUGCUGCGGAAAUUGGGAAUAUGGAGAUUACAAAUUAUUUACUGCUGAAUAGUUAUGUAAGAAUUGAUAUAAAUAUCGUAAACAAAAGGCGACUCAAAGCCUUGGAUAUUUUAUCGGAAUCUGAACAGAGUGAUCUAAAAUUUGGGUUUUAUGGUUACCAUGUACGCCACCACCAGCAUAAGAGUCAAACCUUGUCUAAAAAUAGUGAUCAUAAAGGGCUGAAAGACAGGGUAAAUGCAUUAAUGGUGGUGGCAACAUUGAUAGCAGGAAUUGCCUUUCAAGCUGCAAUGAACCCACCAGGUGGGGUUUGGCAAGAUGAUUCAAUAGUUCACUCUGGUACUGACCCCAUUACUUUUGCUUAUUAUGUUGAUCAUAUGUAUAGCACCUCUAUAUCUGGUGGUUUGGAUAUGUACAUACAAGACAACUUGCCAUAUUAUGAUAUCAAUACUAUCCACCGAAAUGGGAAAAAAGGGAGGAGUCAUUAUAAUACCACUCAGUUUGUGAAGGAUUUAAGGAACCUACAAAAUUAUUAUUCUGAAGAGACAGAUUACGGUUUAAUUCUAGAAGAUUUCGUGUUUACGGAGGUUGUUUCGUAUUACAACAGUACUGGGAAUAGUAGCAAUGGUAUUUUCUUUCCUUAUUUAAUACGAUUUGCGGGAAGCCCUAUAUUAGCUUACAUAUGGCCCGACUACUAUAUGGCGUACAUGGUUACUAAUGGAGUUGCUUUUUUUGCGUCUCUCACUAUAAUAUUUCUGGUCAUAUGUGGGUUCAUGAUCGAAACAUCUGUCACCCAAGUUCGAAUUCUUGUUGUGUUGAUGUGUAUUUCAAUUGGAUGCAUUUCCUUCAGUUAUUUUUCGAUAUUAGUAGCUAUGAUACCAGAUUUUCUUGGAGCAGUUCGUGUGUAUUUGGUACUCCAACUAUUUUUGGGAGUCUGCUGCGUGUUGGGAGUACUAUGGUUCAUCAUUAGUACUGCAUGGAAGAUAGUGAAGCUACGAAAGAGAACGAGGAACCACCAUAUUGGAGUUAUUAAUUAUCUUAAAACGCUCUUCUUCAGCAUGGACGCGAAGGCCGUAGGAAAACUGAUUUUAUUUAUUGCAGCUUACUCUGCUUUUCGUUAUACCGGAUGUCUUUAUGAUGGUUGUUGGUUCAAUUUUAUCCCAUUUUUGUAUUAAACCAGAUUCCGAUUUGAUGGUUUCCAGUUUUUAUGCUUUUUUGGGUCUUGUUAACCUAUAUACCCGUAUAUAUAAGUCAAGGAAUAAUGAUUAGUUUGUUGAAGA